GUCCCUGUUUUUUGCCUCUCGUUUUAUUGGUGAAGAUAUCACAGUGAUGUCUGCAUUCAACCUGCUGCAUUUGGUGACAAAGAGCCAGCCAGUAGCCCUCCGAGCCUGUGGGCUUCCCUCAGGGUCAUGUAGGGAUAAAAAGAACUGUAAGGUGGUCUUUUCCCAGCAGGAGCUGAGGAAGCGGCUAACACCCCUGCAGUACCAUGUCACUCAGGAAAAAGGGACAGAAAGUGCCUUUGAAGGAGAAUAUACACAUCACAAAGAUCCUGGCAUAUACAAAUGUGUUGUUUGUGACACUCCAUUGUUCAAGUCAGAAACCAAAUUUGACUCUGGUUCAGGUUGGCCGUCAUUCCACGAUGUGAUCAGUUCUGAGGCCAUCACCUUCACAGACGACUUCUCCUAUGGAAUGCACAGGGUGGAAACAAGCUGCUCUCAGUGUGGUGCUCACCUUGGGCAUAUUUUUGAUGAUGGACCUCGUCCAACGGGGAAAAGAUACUGCAUCAAUUCGGCUUCCCUCUCUUUCACACCUGCAGAUGGAAGUGGUGCUGAAGGAGGCAGCGGAGUGGGCAGCCCAGCCCAGGCAGACAAGACGGAGCUGUAGGGUAAUGGAGCGUGAUGGAGACAAGUGUACUUAAUGCACUGCUUAUACAAUAAUCAAAAUUGU